GCGGAUCUAUAUCCUUAUUUUUGUGUUCAUAAUAUGUGUUUUGGUUCUUCAAUCAAUUCCGCGUGUGCUCCUAGUAUUGACCUAUACUUACGAAUUUACAACUCCACCUUCGUUGUUUGAUAAAUAUGUUCACGGAACACAAUCUGGAUUAACACGAAACAUUUCACGAAGCUGAGGUAUGGGACAUUGCAUUCAAGAAAUAGUAACAUGGUAUCAGAAGAAAAUCGGCACCUACGACAAGCAAGAAUGGGAAAAAACUGUAGAGCAGCGAAUUUUAAGUGGUUUCACGCAUGUCCCUAAAAAAAGUGCAAAGCUCAAAACAGAUUUGAUCGAUGUGGAUCUAGUCAGAGGGUCAGCAUUCACAAAAGCAAAGCCGAAGCAUGGGAUUUUGACUGUGUCACGGUUGGCAGUGCUGCGACUUCUGUGCUUGCCUCUUCACUCUAAGUGGUGGAUUGCUCAAACCUCAUCUUACGUGUUCGCUCUCCUACUCUUCCUCUAUGUUUUGCAAUUAGUCAAUAUUAUUAUUUAUUACUAUGCUAGCUCUCUCUACGAAAACGAGCAGGUUAGUUUUUAUGAGGUUCUUCUACCUGUGGCGAUGAUGUUAGUCUUAUCCUUGAUUCACUCGCAGAUAGUUUCUACACACUCGCUCAACAAAAAACAGGAUGGAGGACAAUCAUCUCUUCUGAAUCGUCGUAGCAAAAGGACUAAACGAAGGUUAUGUCCGCCCUCCAGAAGUAGAUUAAAUAUUUGUUCUGAUUCUAAAUCAUCGCCUGACACUGGCUCAGAGUUAGCUGGCGGUUUAAGUGACUCUGCUAAGUACACUAAACGCACCAGGUCUCGGAACUCUAUCACAGAAGAUUCCCAAACAGUAUUAGUUCGCAGAAGCGUUGUGUGGGACACCAGUCCAGUCAAAACCAAACCCCAAGUCAUCAUCCACCAUGAUGUCGAUGUAGUAGAAGGUGAGGACUUGAGUCGCUGCCCACCUGAGUCUCGACUCGGCAAGGAUGAACGCAAACAACUUGCUGGAAUCGAUCGCAUGAACGUUCCAGACGGGAACGAAGCAGAUCCUGAAGUUCCACCAGAUGAUGAUGGAUUUGAGAGUCUAAACGGAAAUGGGUCUAGUGACAACAACGAUGAAGAUCAAAAAAGCGAGGAAAAUAUGUGUCUAGAGCCAUCAGCCUCGUCUCCCAGUCAUUUGUCUGUGGUGAAAAACUGCUAUCACCGGGAGAAUAGUCCUGACUGUGAUAGUGUUGAUCAAAUUAAACCUGUCAUCAGGAAUAACUUCAAAAGUGCAAAACUCACCGAUGAGAUUUUGGAGGUCUCUGUUUGUGAACCAGCUUGCACCCCAUUAAAAGUAAAAAAUGCUGCUAAAGACAAGUCUACAGAUUCACAUUUUAAUAGUUUGCAAGACCCCAGUUUUACACAAGAGGUUCCCUAUGACAUCAGUAAAAAAUGGAAUGUUACAUUAAGGAGGCGACUGUCUUCUCCUCUGACCAGUGUUAAUGGAGAGAAGGAGACAGACUCAGAAGGGAGUGAUGGUGAAUUCUCCACAGCAGCUCCAACCUCUAGAUCUCAACACUCGCUGUCGCGGCGACGAGGGUCUCAGCAACUUCAGGUCACUCUGAAACCGCUGGCUGAAAGCUCGUAUAAUUCCUCUGGUGAAGAGAGUGAAAAUGAGGGCUUCUGCCCCUUAACAGAAGGCACAACGAGCGCAGGAGAAUGUCUUGGCAUCACAACCAAUAGCGAGUGUAGUUAUAGCUCUGACAAUAACUAUGAACACUUUGAUAAUGAUAGCCCGUUUGCUUGGGAACUUGAACAGUCUCCAACUGUGAUUCUUAGUCCUAGCUGUGCAGCUUCUGACAAAGUGAGUUGUACGAUGUGGGAGAAACGAGAAAUAAAGAAAGCUGAUCUCUCUGUCUUAGAUAUAAGUUCUGCAAUCAUAGCAAGAGUCGAAGCUAUGCCUGAGCAUUUAGAUUAUUUCUACGGAGGUUUAGUAAUAUCUGUAGUCCUGGCAGCAGUGCCUUCGUUGUGCCGUCUAAUGGAGUCGUUGAAUGAUACCCUAGCUGCACCUCAAAUAACAGUUGAGCUGUCGUCUUUAGAUACUCAGUCAUUUUUAGAAAGUGCUUACAGUUUUUUGUCAGCAGCUGUAGUAUCUUUAAUCAAUUCGGCAUUUGGAACUACUGUUUGGGAGCGCAUUGUGAUAUUAAUAGCGUUCAUACAACGAGCUGUUCUAUCGGCACUUUUCUUCUUCCUAUUAGCAGUUGCUGAGCGAACAUUCAAACAACGCUUCCUGUAUGCUAAAUUUUUUUCGCAUCUAACUUCAUUUCGCAGGGCUCACAAAUCAGAGCUGCCUCAUUUUAGACUCAAUAAAGUUCGCAAUAUCAAAACUUGGCUUUCUGUUCGAUCUUACCUUAAGAAACGAGGGCCUCAAAGAUCUGUUGAUGUGAUAGUAUCGUCCGCAUUUAUUAUUUGCCUCCUUCUCCUCUCUUUCCUCAGCGUUGAGCUCCUUAAAGAUUCAGUAAGACUGCACAGCGAAUACAACGUAGAAGCUUUAGUCUGGUGUCUAGUCCUUGGUUUCUUUUUGUUGCGAUUCAUGACAUUAGGAACAAAAAUUAACCGCAAGUACCGAAAUCUGUCGGUGCUUAUUACAGAACAAAUCAACUUGUACUUACAAAUAGAACAGAAACCCAAUAAAAAGGAAGAACUGAUGGUUGCUAAUAGUGUUUUAAAGUUAGCUGCUGAUCUGUUAAAAGAACUGGAAAGUCCUUUCAAGAUUUCUGGUCUUUCAGCCAACCCCUACUUAUACACAAUCACUAAAGUAGUCAUCCUAUCUGCACUCUCAGGUGUCCUGUCCGAGAUGCUUGGUUUUAAAUUAAAACUCCACAAGAUAAAAAUCAAGUAGUCUGCUCUCAACUAUCAUUGAUGAGUUCUAUAUUUUACUUAUUUAUUUAUUUAUUUUUCUUGCUCUAAUUUAUUGUCAUUGUGAUUUAGCGUAAGUUUUUUUUACUAAUCUGGGCAAAGCUGAAGCAAGCCCUUGUGAUCCCUAGUUCAGUUUAAACACUUUUAGUUAAUUUGGCAUCUUUAAGAUGUCAUUAGUGGAGCUUUCCAAUGUAAUAUAUUUUUUUUUUUUUUAAUUCUAAGAUCUUAUCCUUCUCUAAAACCCAGAGUGAGGUUUUGUGUAUCAUGUUGUUAUCAUGGAUGUUUUCCUUGACAAAACAAAGUUUUACUGAUAUUAUAGAUUUUCAGAUUUAUUUCUGACUUAACUUUUGCUUUAUCAAUGAUUUUUAUUUUUAGUAUAAUUGAGUUUUUACAUCCUAAUGGAUUUCACAAUCUUUUUCAUUCAUUUUUACUUGCAGUGGCUCACUUUUAGAUUCACAGAACCCAUACCAGUGUUAUGAAUUUUUUCCAUAUCCUUUGAUUUUAGCCUGAUUUUUUUGACCAAAGUAUAGCGCACAGAGGCAAAAAUUUAAUGAACUUAAUUCUUCAAAUGUGUAUAUCACUCCUUUUUAAAACGCGCAAUUGAAUUGAACCCUGCAGUUUCUAAGGGCUCUGUUCUGUAUUGAUAUCAGUUUCCAGUUGAGAUUCACUGCAGGAAGGAUUCUUCAAUAAUCUAGUUCACUUAGGAUCCAUCAGGUCAGGAUGGUCUGCGUUUUUACCGACCACCUUACCCAAUGCGGCUGUUGGUUAAGACUCCUUUUAAGUAUACUUUAGCCCAUUUGGAUCAGCAAAAUUUCAGCAUCAGUAUUUUGAGCAAGCAGUUUAAAUGACUGCUCAAUAAUUUUACUUCGAGUUUGAUAAAAUAUUAAAUGUUUGGUUUGUUUGCCUGAAUUUGGUAAUUUUGACUUAUCCCUGUGUUUCUGUAUUCUGGUUUAGCAUUCUGUUUUUCUUUUCUAUUUGUCCUGUUAUUGGUGAUUCAUUUUCUGUUUUCCUUCGUUUUAACCAUGUAUCUAGCUCUGCAAUUUGAAAGACUAAUAUUAUUCUGUACUGAGUGCUAUUUGUCACAUUGUUGCAAUAUUGGUUUUUUUCCUUUUAUUAAUUAACUAGUACAUAUUUCAUUAUUUAUGCAAUACUUAGUUCUUAAUCAUGGGCAACUGCAGUAAUUUUACCUACUUUCUAAUCUUUUUACAAUGUUAUCAUAAAUGUUGAGGAUUAUGGCAAGAGCCGACAUAUUUUGUCUUUUGAAUUUAAGAGCCAACUCCAGUAAUGCUGUUUUAUUGAUACAACCUAUUUUACACUCAGUUGCUUGAUGAAAUUUUCCUCUCCACCAAAAUGACUAUUGACAUGUAACAUUACAUGUUCAAAGGUUAAUUGAAUACUUCAGUAAUUACUUGAAGUUAAGCAAUGUUAUUUAUCAUCAAUGGCAUGCUUAACUAGAAGCAGUUAUUAUGAUUACAUGCAGAUAUGUAAUUUCUGCCUGCAAUGCCCUCGCAACCUUAAUUUCUCAGUUCUUAAGUGCAAAAAAAUCAAGACUCCCCCUUUUUAAGUCGCUAUCACUUGAAUCAAAAGGAUUAUUUUCCCUGUAAAUUUUACCACAUAGCUGAAAUACCAUGUAUUUAAAACGUGUACGUAAUUUUAAGAAGGUAACAUAGCACUGAAUGAAGUUACAUUGCCUGAAAAACUUUUGUCAAUGUAGAUAAAGUGAGUUUGUAAUAAUAUUUUUGGUUUGUUCAGUCAUGGCUGAAAGCGUUAAUCAACUCUAAGUCCACGGCUAAUAUAAUUAAUACAUGGUAAUACAUUAAGCCAUUAUGUACUUUUAUUGCAUUUGCAAUUUUUAGUGUGCAUUCAGACGUAAUUUGAACCAUUUUUAGUCAGUAGGUCUAUAUCGUACAAGCUUUUUAGUCUUAUCUGAAUUAAGCAUACCUGGCCGUCUGUGUAUUUAUUUAUUAUGAUGUUUAUCAAUCAAAUCCUCACUCUAAUGUGAUUAGUAAUUCUAAUUUCAGAACCAACUUUUUGUUUAUUUUAUAUCUCAGUUGGUGUUACCGUAAAAUCAUUGUUGCAAGUCCAUUUUUUCUUCAAAUAAUUGUUUUCCCCCUGAGGGAGCUGUGCGUGCGACAUGUUCAUAAAUAUUUAAGUUUGAGGUGUUCAAUCAAGAAUUUCUAUUUUAAUUACAGUUUCAAAUGUUAGUCACCAACUUAACACUGGGCACUAUUACAGUCAUUAUUACAGCUGUUACAAUUUUUAAGAAAUUCAAUUAGAUUGAAAAAAUCACUUGUGUUAUGUUGAGCAGUACGCUUUACGUUAUGCUAAACUGUAAAAUGAGUGCAAAUAUCCACUCAAGAUGUAGCGAACAUCAGAACAGUUUACACCCUCAUCUUAACUAAUACCAUGCAUUGAUAACGUUUACCAUCUUAGAAUAUCUGAAGGCUUUUGCCAUCAAUUCUGUUACACAUACUUGGAUUAUUUUCUGUGUUAUAGCAUCAUGUGGAAGCUUACCUAACAGUCGCAUUGCUUUAGGUUUGAUUUCAUACAAAUCACCCAUGCAACGCAGGAGUUUCAUCUUUUCAAGUAACAAAAUUAAUAUUGUUUCUUUGAAUAUUUUCCAAUUUGGUGGUAUUCAAUCUAAUUAAAAUUUUAACAAAUUCAUCCAAAUUAAGUUAUAUUAUUUGUUGUACACCUCUAAAUCUCAUACUUCAGUAUAUUUCUGUGCGGUUAUUGUUUUUCCUUGUUUGAGCAGUGUGUAACUCAUGUGUUUUAGAUUAUAAAUUCACCCAAUGUGAAGCGAGCAGGAUUGAAAAACUAACUAGUCAUUGUCAGAAGCAUGCGAUUUAAUUCGUUGGAGAAAAAUAAUUACAAAAGCUAUGCACAUUCUUGGGAAUUUCAGUACAUUUUGCAAAAUUUAAACAAAUUUCUCUCCCUACUGCCCCAAGCAUAAGAAUCCAGCAACUACUAAAAUUGAAAUGCAAUUGAAGGGGCCAAAAACUAGUCCAAACAACCAGGUGGUAUGCUAUUUGUAAAGGUGACACUAGAUGUGGAACAAUUUGAAUGGUAACAGAAGAAAGCCUGUCACAAAAAGAACCUUAGGUUCCUUUAAGGCAUUAAGUACAUAAAGAGUUCAUUUCAGUUGCAGUGUUCAAGAAUCUUAAUCGCCAUUUUAAAUUUUGUAGAAGGAACCACUGGGUUAUUUAUCUGGACUUUAUCAAUUCGAAAAUCAUGAAAGCCCAAGGGAUGUCCAGGAAAAUUGAAUGUAUGCAUUUUAAGGCUAAAGAGCAAUACCACCUAACUGAGAAUUUUAGCAAAAAUGAGUUAGCAACUUUCCAGCAUUCUACAGUAUAAAAUACGCAAUCUGAUGUUUUUAUGGUUUUUUUUUUCAAUGUCGUAUGGAAACGCUGUAGUUUAUAGAUUUAAAAAAAAUUGCAAAUCCAACCUCAAAAUUUAACCUUUUUGUCCUUCAAAAUUGUCAGUUUACAGUCAGGCGGUAUUGCUCCUUAGCCACCAAUUUGCUUUCCCUAUUAUGAAUGAAAUGCAAGUUGAGAUUCUGAGACAUAGCAACAGAGGAGUGCACCUCAUGCACACAUCACUUCAAUUACCUUGAAUUGCAACCACUGCGUGUUGUUUUUAAAUGUCUCUGUUAAUUUACUGCUUUUCUGCAGAUGCUGUGAUCCUGAUGCUUUGAAAUAUUUUUGCAACUUUUUUCUUUUCUCAGUCCCAGUUUUAACUGAAAUAGCAAAUAUAUGGUUAGUAGAGAAUCUUAGCUCAUAACAAUUAGGAGAUGAAGCUGUCUAAUUUUAUCAAAAUGUACGAAAAGACUUUUUUAUAAUGCUCACAACUUCAUUUUUUACUCCCAGAAUAUACGAAUUCGUCCGCAACUGAUGGAGAAUGUCCCUCAAUCAAAAUCAGGGACUCCCUUGAAAAUACUUUAACAUUCAUUUAUUUUUUUAUUCAAUAAUUUUUCAUGUUAUUGUCAGCUUAAUUUUUAUCACAUUUCAUCAGAAUUCGAAACAUAAAUUUUUCGCAGAUGCCUGAAGAAUUUUUUCAGCUUUAAAAAGAGUGCUGUAUUUUUAAUACACUUAUUCUUGUAGGAAAUAUAUUUAUGUAACUUUUUCAACUAAUGGUCGUAUAUUGAAACUAAAAACACACUUUUAUUUAAAGUAAAAUUGAACUCCACAGUAAUGAAUUUACAAAAAAAAAAAAAAAAUGCAAUUUACAAGAAAGGAGAAUGUUCAGUACUUUGUUGGACUCCUUUCUUUUAUUACCCAAAAUUAAAUUUUAAUUCGUUUCUAGGUAUAUUUUGAACUUGCAGUUUCCCUGUUCGGAUGAGAAUUAAAGAAACAAGUGGAUGGUCUGGCAAUGGAAAAUGAAGUCUUGCAUGUGUUCCUGUUUAACCAAAUUUAGUCCUGGAAGAUCGAAAAAAGGAUAUUUCACGCAUUUGCGCCUUACUUCUAAAAAAAUACAUUUUUAAUUAUGAUAUUGUGAACAUUUUGUGACAUAAGUAAAGAUGAGACCUGCUAUUGCACUUUAAAAAAGAACCUCUUUCACAACUGAAAUUAGGGGGCCAAGUAUUUCUUCAGUAAUAUCAGAAUGUUAAAGGUGUGUUUACAGUGUAUAUUUGUAUGAAAGAGUGAAUGAGUGUAUGUGCGCUUCUAGCUACGGUUUUCUUGUCCGAAUGCAAGAAAUUUUUGUGAACUGUGUUUCACUUCCAAAUAUCAUUACUGUAAUAAAUAUCUGUAACAUUUUUAUGUUGAUCUUUCCAUUUGCGAACAAAUUAUUUGUCUCCAUAAGUUUUUACAACUGAAAUUAACUACAUUUUUCAAUUGGGAACUACAGUUUUUUGUGUUAGGUUAGUUAGAGAUAAAAUAAGCCAGAAUUAGUAGUUCCUAAUUACAAAAUGCAGUCCAAUUGGCUCAUCGUUCCGUAUAAAGUGUCAAGAUAGUAAUUUUGCUCUUGAAAUACCCACUAUCUGACCUGAAGGUUAUUUUUAAGUUUUUCUUUAGGUAUAUGUAUAUUGAACUUUGAAUGUAGAAUGUAUUGAGCUCAACUAUUUGAAAAUGUAGUAAUUGAUCACUAAAAUGUAUUUCCAUAAAAAGCUUCCUUGUCAAAUAAUUAAUUGUUACCAUUUCUUCAAGAGCUUAGUUGUAUCGGUUCGUAUUUUUAUCACCAAUUUGGCUACUCUAUUUUUACUUUUGCCUGAAUUUGAAUAAUAUAAUCUCUCAACUAUUUUAGAAUUAUUUUUCAGAAUCAGCAAAUUUGUCUCUUUUGUUCAACUCCUCUCUCUCUGCUUAAUUAUAUUUUUUCUGUCCUUAGUCUAAUUUUAGCCUCUUAAAAAUUCAUGAUAUCUUAUUUGAAAAUGUUACACUCUUGAUUUCGAAAGUUCUUAUUAUGUGCAAGCCUCAGUGUAUAUGUCAGUCUCCGAAUUCCACUUUUUCUUUUUCUCAUUUUUCAGAAUCCCAGAUGCUCUAAUUUCAAGAAUUUACUCUCGUACGUGAAUGAUUUUAAAGUAUAACAUUUCUUGAAAGGAAGACAUUUUUUUAAAUGGUUAAAUUUCAGACAUCAUUCAAUUGAAGUCAUGAAAUCCGAAUUUUUAUAUUUCAAGUAUAAAGCUUGAAUGUAAAUGACCCAAAAAAUUGUAAAUAUUUUCGGGGAUUCCAAUUUAUGAAUUUUUAUGGAAAUUUAUACUUCUAAAAAAAUUUCUUGUAUAUUUGUAAGAGUAAAGUUAAAGUGCCUGAUGGGAGGUUACACUGUAAUUUGCAAAAUAGGCCUAGCCAAAAUUACGGUGUUAGAUCAAGUUUUGGAUUGCUAUAUGCCUGGCAUGUAGCAUUUUCAACAUCAUCACAGUCAGAUGGAAAAUGUAAACUUAUUUGAAAUGGAGUCUAUCAUUUAAAUUUGCGAUUGUUUUACAAAUGCAUGUGGAUUGGUUUUAGCAAAAAAUUUGUAUUAGUAUUUAAAUAUAUAUAUAAUUGGUGAGAAAUCCUAUGAGCGUGCCUUGUAGUAUGUUUAAGGAAUAAUCAAACCAAAAAUGAAUUUUAAGUUUUUUAAGAUUGCUUUUAAGACCAGCAUCCAGAUCAUAAAUUAAACUUUGGAUAUUAUCCACUUUUCUAACUUCUAUCCACAAAUGGCACCUUCAGUGAGGACUCAACCUCUCAUCCUCACUUAGGUGCUCUUUUUGAUUGAGUAUUGUUUAAUGAAAUAAAAAUGAAAAAAUGAAACCAUCAUCAUCGCUGGUUGAAAAUAAGUGACUAUCAUUUUCAAGCAGCUAUUUUGUAUCAAUAUCAGAAUUUUUAUGAAUUUUCGUCGGAAAGACAUUGUGGCAAUAUCUAACAAUUUGCUGAAGCUGUAGACAUUUGUAGAAAGUUUUAUCGCUCUAACUUUUUCUCAACACAAAUCGAUCAUUUAAGUUUCUUUUAGGAAAUCAAGAAUCGUUUCUAGGAGAGCUCGUACAGCAGUAUUCAUAAUUGUUUUUGCUUGAAUAUUUUCAUCUGGUGGUCUGAUCAGAGUGAUAUCUGCGUGCAAUUUCAUUACUUAUAGCCCUCCUUUGGCCUCUUAAUUUUAUUCUAUUUUCACUUAUGAAUUUCAUCUGUAAAAUAUAUUUUUAGUUGAAAUGGUUCUGCUAUUCUCAACACAGCAGUUUCUUUUUUUGUAUGUCCUCGUGCCUCUUCUGUAUGUAUCCUUUUGUGAGGAAAACAAAUUUUUAGUUCUUUGUUAAUUCCCUCCUAAAGUAAAUAUUGUAAAUAAAAUCAAGCCAUCUCGGCGAAACUUUUACAUUCCUAUUUGUAUAAGUUGCGUUAAUAUUUAUCCACAUUAUUUAUUAUGUUUUCUGUGUUACGUAAAAAGUAAAAAAACAAGCAUCUCAUGAGAUUAAAAACAGUCUCAUUUGUUGGAAGUUGUAUCAGAAAGGAAAUGAGAAUGUCAAAACUAUCAUGCUCCAGAACUGGUUUGACAGCAGAGCAGAGCUAUUUUGAUUAAGUGUUCUUUAAAUUUUGGUUUAAUAUUUCAUUUUCCUUUGGAAGUAAUCAGUGAAAAAUAUGUGAAUAUGGGAUGCACCUCUUGUUUACCAGAUGCUAAGUGGUAUGAUUGCAAUCAAUACUAAGGGAUGUUGCCAAGAUUGCAGAAUGAAAUAAUUAUUUUUCUAAGUCGGCUGAAGCUUUGAGCUAAUUUCAUAAUUUUAUCUACAAAAAAAUAGUUAUAAUUGAGGUAAAGUUGAGAAUAAAAAAUUUUUUUUAUUUUGUGGAAAUAGCAUUUGCCGCCUUAAAAGUGAAAAAAGCGACUGCACAACUCUAGCAUUAUUGCAACCAUAUAACUAGUUCCACCUGGCCAUUGGGGUAUUCGCUCCAAUUAAUUGUCUGGAUUUGUUUAAAAUCUCAUACAUUUUUCAGUUGUUAUGCUUAUGUCCAUGAACAGAAUGAAUGUUAUAUUUUAAUACAAAUCUCUCGAGUUUUCA